AUGGCACAACCUCAGCGCAAACGAAUCUUUAUCGAUGUCGGAGUCAACCUCACCGACCCCGUCUUUAGAGGCAUGCAUCGCGGUAAAAGGCAGCAUCCAGACGACUUUGCCGCCGUCAUCGCCCGUGCAAAGGCAGCAGGCGUCGAGCAGCAAAUCAUCACCGGUGGCAGUCUCAACGAAUCCCGUGCAGCACUCAAACUCGCAAACGAAAAUGGCUUCUUUGCCACCACAGGUUGUCACCCGACGCGCUCCUCCGAGGUCGGAAAGAUGCCAGAGGGACAGUACAUGCGCCAGCUCGACAAGCUCAUCGCCGACAACAUUUACCGUCCAGGAGAGGGUAUCAAGGGUCGCUGUGUAGCAGUCGGAGAAUGUGGUCUCGAUUAUGAUCGACUUUUCAGAGCCGGAAAGCAAGAUCAGCAAAGGGCUUUCAGAGCCCAGCUCGUCAUGGCCAAGAAAUAUCACCUCCCACUCUUCCUGCAUAAUAGAAAUUCACAUGCCGACUUUGUCGCCUUGUUGACCGAGGCAGGCAUGCACAUUGACGGUGGACGAGCCGUUGGUGGACGAGGAGGGGUCGUCCACAGUUUCACAGGUGAAGCAGAGGAAAUGGAAGAGUUUGUUUCCAUGGGCUACUACAUUAGUGUCAAUGGGUGCUCGAUGAAGACGGAGAGGCAGCUGGAAAUGAUCAAGCGCAUUCCGCUGGACAAACUCUUGCUCGAGACCGACGCUCCUUGGUGCUCUCUAACGGGCGGCCACGCCUCAAAGGAGCAUCUCGCUCUCUUGCCGCAGCACUUGCGAAAGCUCUUCAUCCCAUUGGCCACACAACCAGAACGUUGGGAAGAAGGCAAAGCUGUCCGUGGACGAAAUGAGCCAUGUGCCAUUGGCUCUGUCGCGUUUGUGGUCGCAAGAUUAAAAGGCGUACACCUAAACGAGGUGGCAGAAAAGGCUUAUCAAAAUACCUUGGAUUGCUUCAACCUGCAGGAAUCGGAUGUCCUUGGGCAUCCGUCAACCGAAGGAGCAUCCACGAGUACAAGCGCACCUGCGGCUUCAACUUCGGGAUAG